UUCUGCCAGUAACAUUUUCUUUAGGCGAUUCAUUCAUCGUGCGCGCUUUUGGCCAGCCGGAACAAGAAGUGAUAGCGGCAGAUGCGUUUCCGUGAUUCUGCGAAAUAAUAGCGCGAUUUUAACAGUAUUUUAGAAUUUCAAAGUCAAAUUUGAUUUGCUAAAUUUGAACGAGGUGGUGGUUUAUGGUGCGCACAAUUUUCGCCGUUUUUGCAAAAUGAAGACUGAAUUGCUGUUGGUGAUUUCUUGGGUGUUUCUGAUAUGUGGAGACGACAGUGUGGGCUUCACGCUGGGAACUGAAUGCAAUGGAGAUUGGGAAUGUCGAGAACACAUCGUCGGUUCCAUUUGUCACAAAGGACGAUGUUCCUGCCAACCAUUCUAUGCAAGAGUUAAUCAAAGCUCGUGCUUGCCGUCCACUUUACUGGGUUACGAAUGCCAAGUGCCCGAGCAAUGUUCGCUAAAAGUGGCCAACAGCAGUUGUUUGGAUGGCGUGUGCCGUUGCAUCGAUGGCUUCCUCCAGUUCAGAAAACACACCUGUCUUGGCCCUGCCCGACCUGGGAACGUGUGCUACAGCAAUGCUCAUUGCCGACUAUGGACAGCAGAUAGUCACUGCGACUUUCUAAUCCCAAAUCUCUUCGGACGUUGUCAAUGUAAUGCUCCAUUCAAACAAAUGGGCGACUCUUGUGGACGCACAGCAUUCCAAAGUCAACCAACCACUGCUGCACCGCCCAAAACAGAAUCCACAACUUUGCAGCCCAAUAUUGAAACCAACGCUAUUGUGACGCCUCAAGUGAAAAGCAGUGCGAAGAGGACGAAUUCCACGAAAAAAGGCUUUCAUCCUAGGAAGGGGGGCGUUAGGAAAACCACCACCAUCCGGCCCACUACUUCUGUGUCGCUGAAAACAACUACAUUGACCACUACAAUGUCAACGACCACCACCACUGAGCUGCCAGAAAUAACCAAAGUGAGUUCCACUCCUGGACCCGUGGAUUACUCCACAAGAGCCAAUGUGGCCAGUAGAACAACCACAAUGGAACCAUCAUCAACUGCAUCCCCAGUACCUCAAAGUCAAACAACAUCCACAUCAACUACAGCUUCCCCAGCUUCGCCAUUCACAACAGCAGGAAUCCGUAAACGAUUUGAAACAUCCAGUGAAGCAAUCAGUCUCGGUCUUCCUUGCGUUACUGAUCUGCAAUGUCGCGCAGCUGAUCCAUCAUCCAAAUGCAUAGAAGGAGUGUGCGAUUGCAUUAUGCAAGGCAACGAAACAACCGCUUGUUCCGCCCGAAAUACCGGAUGCAUCCCGGGAACAUUCCAGUGCCGCAGCUCUGGAACUUGUAUCAGUUGGUUCUUCGUAUGCGAUGGAAGAAAGGAUUGCUCGGAUGGUUCGGAUGAAGACUGCCGGCCGAAUAAAUGCCCCAAUGAGUCCUUCCGGUGUCGGGAUACUGGAAAGUGUAUAUCGAAAGCGAAUAGAUGCGAUGGAGUGCGUGAUUGUCACUUAGGUGAAGAUGAAGCCAACUGCCACGUUUUGGGCAAGAACAAAUGCCCUCCAGACACCUUCCAGUGCGGCGAUGGAAAAUGCCUGCCGGAGUAUGAAUUUUGCAAUGCCAUUAUUGGUUGCAGCGAUGGCAGCGACGAGCCGGCCCAUAUAUGCAGAGGAAGAGCCAGAAGACGUCUUCGAGGAUAUUGCCCAUUACGGUGUGGAAACGGAAGAUGCAGGUCGACUGCUAUUGCUUGCUCUGGCCGGGAUGGUUGUGGAGAUGGCACAGAUGAAAGCCAUUGUUCCGUUUGUCGUUGUCCAAUUAUACAAGGAAGGAGUAGUUUAUCAUAGUGCACCAAUCUGACAUAUUUCAACUGUACCAUGCCAAAAAAUACGUUAGUUGUUUUUAUAUAAACAUUCCUUUACCUCCCAGCUAUGUAGUGGCCGAUGUAUACUUACUUAAGUAUGGUUAGAGUUGCAAUAAUGUAUAAGGCUCAGGCUCAAAUAUUCUGUAUUUAUAGAUUUAUUUAUUGUACUUGAUUGCAUAGACUACGUUAGGUUCAGUGUAAAAAUGUGCUAAGAUCGUACUUUUAAGUUAGAUUGUAUAGAUUGUAAGUACAAAUUUAAUAAAUUACUCUCCUUGACAAUGCA